GUUAUGGAUCGGUAAUCUCUUUGAAUACUAGAAAUUUCGUAUUGACGCAGAUGGGAUUAGUUGAAUGACUGACUACUGAAGAGUUAGGAGCAAGACACUGCACCUCAGCAUUUGAUGUUACAGACAUUAAUCUUAUAAAAAGACACCCAUGACUGCCUUCAAGUAUAUUCGUGUCCUUGGCAUUAUAUUAGGUAUUUCAUUGCUGAUCAGAGAUUCCCACAAUUCAACAAGGGUAAAAAGGACAACACCUCUUGUUACCGAGAUUUACGCUCUCGACUAUUUCGUUGAAUUGAUUGAGAAGAUCGAAGAAAAUGUAACAGGAAUUUACAAGGUGGCGGAUCAUAUUCGCUCACUCGCAUAUAAUGACGACUACUGGGAAAAUGUCAUUGGACCAUCCAAACCCCUUCCUAAUGGCAUUUUGACAUCGGCCGAGAAAUCCGUCAUGACUACAAUGGUUUCUCACAUGUAUGUUGGAACGAGGGAGCAGGGCGUGGUGAGGACGUCAAACGGAGAAACGAUCGCUAUUGGUAGCAUAAUGACUGGAAUAAUGGCGGGAAUUUACCGCAAGAAAUCAUUUACCUUGAAUAACUGGGCUGCAGGAGCGACAAAGAACAUCGACAAUCUUUACGCCGCUACGCUUMCAAGAACUCUUGCAGAGACUGCUCUCGCCAAGAAAAACACUCCGUCUAAUGAGCUAUUUGGUCCAGCUGGAUCAUGGAAUAGCGAUGAAUGCCCAAAGCAAUACACUAAAAAUUCAAGUUCGAUAUCAAAAGCGUCCUAUGCACAGUUGCUUGGUGCUGUAGAUGGGUUUAUAUUGGGAUAUGGAAUACAAAAUUGGGCCCGGGAUAGCCGCUUAGGACAGAUAUUCAGAAUGUAUUAUACGACAGGAAUUUGUUUUGACAAAUCUUUCGCCAGCUGUAAGCGUAUCAAGAAGUUACAAGCACUAACGAAUAAAGAAGACUUGACCAGCCAGGUUUAUGGAGUUGCMGAGGCUCUUCAUAUCAAAAACUCUGCAAGCUACCCUAAUGUUKAAAAAGACAAUAUCCUUCAGAUCUCAAAGGACGCUGCUGAAAGGUUUUUCCCGAAAAUAGAGAGUGUUGCCGUUGGUCAUUCCUGUGUUACAACACAGCCAGGCUGCGAACUUCCAGCAAAUCUUGUGUUUCUUAUGGAUGAAUCGGGUAGUAUCACCUCAAGUAACUUCAGAGACGAAAAAGAAUUUGUCAGCCAAAUCAUAGACAAAUUCAACAUUUCUCCACGACAAACCAGAGUUGGUCUCAUUGAGUUUGGGSAAGUAGCAGCCAUUGACUUCAACCUCGAUGUUUAUGGCUCUAAAUCCAGGCUUAAAUGCGCUAUAAAAGAUACCGCACAAAGAAGGGGAAAGACAAAUACAGCAGGGGCUUUGGAUUUAGCUCGAACAGAGAUCUUUCUUCCUUUAKAAAAAGAACAUGAA